GUUCUCUGAUAGGACAGUACCAGCAUUCCACCACUUUUGGCACUCUCAGUGAAUUGGCAGGAAAGUCUUGACUGAUACAUCGUUUUAGAUCUCUCCAGUCUUCUCGUAGUACAUCUGAAGCAAGCUAGUCGUGAGAUUAUCCUCUCGUCUGCAGCAUUCACAUAAACGACAACUUCCUGCAUUUUAAGACUCCUUUGUUUUUUCUUCGUUUACUUCGUACACACACAAACCGCCGCCAUGGACGCCAUCAAAAAGAAGAUGUUAGCCAUGAAAAUGGAAAAAGAAAAUGCCUUGGAUAGAGCUGAACAAUUAGAACAGAAACUCCGAGACACAGAAGAACAGAAAUCAAAGAUUGAGGAAGAUUUAAACACACUCCAAAAGAAAUACGCCAAUUUAGAAAACGAUUUCGAUACCGCAAACGAGUCCCUAGCAGAAGCCAACACAAAAUUAGAAGUAUCUGAAAAGAAAGCCAACGAGUUGGAAACAGAGGCUGCUGGUUUCACACGUCGUAUUACCCUUCUAGAAGAAGAUUUAGAAAGGUCUGAAGAACGACUCACAUCCGCCCAAUCCAAACUUGAAGAAGCUUCUAAGGCUGCAGAUGAGAGCGAGAGAGGGCGCAAAGUGCUGGAAAGCAGAAGCUUAUCCGAUGACGAAAGAAUCGACCAACUUGAAGCCCAACUCAAGGAAGCUAAAUAUAUCGCUGAAGAUGCUGAACGCAAAUACGAUGAGGCUGCCCGUAAAUUGGCCAUCACUGAAGUUGAUUUGGAACGUGCUGAAACACGUCUUGAAGCCGCUGAAGCCAAGAUUUAUGAACUUGAUGAGGAGCUCCAUGUUGUGGGUAACAAUCUCAAAACCUAUACAGUCAAGGUGUCAGAGGCUUCACAAAGAGAAGACAGUUACGAAGAAACUAUUCGUGAUCUUACCAACAGACUUAAGGAAGCUGAAAACCGUGCCACAGAAGCUGAAAGAACCGUAUCCAAAUUACAGAAGGAGGUUGACAGACUUGAAGAUGAACUUCUUGCAGAGAAAGAGAAAUACAAGGCCAUUAGUGAUGAACUUGAUUCAACAUUUGCUGAAUUGGCUGGAUAUUAAUCAAUUUAUUUUCCUUUCGUCACAACACAAUGCCAAUCAAUUUAGGCUGUUCAAAAUCGUUCAAAAAAUAUCAUUUGUUGUAAACUACUAUAAUUUUCAAAAAGCCUCUCUAUUUACUCUGCUACUUGUUUAUUUUUGGUGUGUGAAACAUUUGUGUAAGAUGAGUAAUGGUGACCAAAUUACUGUUCAAAAGUGUACAAUCUCUAUACAAUCUCAAAACCUAGCUUUCAACCAAUUUUCAUUGUAUAAAGUAAUAUGAUAUCAAAUUUUUAGUAAUUUCGGAUAAGGCCCCAAAAAUGUUAAGAUUCACUUGAGAUCUUCUGGGCAGAUAUUUUUUUUAAUAUAAUAUGAUUCCUUUUUUGAAUCAGAACAUUCUUAAGCCCCUCUUCCAAUUUGAUAUUGUCGUAAGAGGGCGUAUAUCUAUAUACUAUUGAAAGUCAGUGCGAUUUAUUGUAUAUAUCUGCCGAAGUUGAGUGAUCUUAAUGAUUUUUGGUGUGUUUUUUUUCUUUUUUUUUGUAAAUUUAGUAAAAAUUCUAGAUUGUGCUGCUCGAUGGUGAAUCAGUUUUAGAUUAAAAUGCCUUCCGGUCUGUCACCAUGGGAACGGACAGCCUGAUUUGACCAAAGUCCAUCUGCAAUGUCGCUGGACAUGGCAAUAUCCGGAAACGCCUCUAUUUUCUAUUGUAUAUUUUUAAUCUGCUUUAUGAUAAAUAAUGAUAAAUGAUGCUAUUUAAAUUCUUGCAUGCGAUCAAAGAUCAUGGACAAUUAUUUGUAAAUGUAUUUAUAUUUUUUUCGUUAAUAUUUGGAAAAGAUUUUUUUUAAAUGUCCCAGAAAACCAGAAAAUUCCGAAAUUUAAUCCUGUCAGUAUUUGACAGUGAGAUGUACCACCAUAUUCUCUGGAACUCGUAUUUCUGGCAAGUUGUCAAAGUUCUUCACUACCUUCUUGGUAAGGAUUUUAACUCGGCAUUCUUGGCAUUAAAACAGGGUAACAGUUGAAUUCUUUUUGCUACCAAUGUAAUAACUCUAUGUGCUUUAAUUUUGCAUUUAUUAUUAUUGACUGUAUAAUAAUAUAGAUAUAAAAUACGAAGUUUUGACUUCUUGCUAACAUAUUCUGGGUAUUGCCAUUUGUUUUUUAAGACAAUAAAAAAAAGUCAUCUAUUCCCCUGAA